GUCCUGGAGGCAUCUUAGUGCAGCCGGCAUUGUAAAUUGGCUUAUUAUAGUAUCGGCAUACUAAGACGACUAAACAACGACUAACAAAAUAAAAACGGAUAAGGCGAUCAGGUUAUUUUAAAAUUUCAUAGCAAUAGACAUUUGAAGAAUAAUUAAAAACUAUCUUGCGCAAAUAUCAACAUUAGUGUUCACAAUGUCGAAAGCGAUCAACUAUGUGUUAAUGUUCACCAUAUUAGAAAUUUAUAUUGCAAUAGGUUUAAUAUUCUUCUUACCAUCAUACACCGACGUAAAUACAAAGAUUAUUCGAGCAAUUGUAUUCACAGUAUCUGGGUGUUUCUUAUCGCUAUUUCUGCUUGGCAUGUAUCAUCAUUACCAGAAUGGAAACCACCGCAAGAAUAGUCGACGAAUAGUACGACGACAAUCAAGCCUAGAUGAUGCCAUAGCCGUUCGUGAGAUACAUACUAUAGACUAUAUGAUACCUAAUAGGCAUGCCAAGAAGAAUAAUGACGAGCAAGAUAAAAGUACAUGGCAUCCCAGAAGACGUACACUUGAUUAGCAAAUAUAACAUUAUUAUAGCAAUCUCCAGCCUUAUUUUAUAUGUAUUAGUGGAAAUAGUUCUUCCUUUUAUAAUGGCUGUGACAACAGCGAGUUGCUUACUAAAUGAAUGCGUUUGCAUAUAUAUAUUUAGCAUACUUAGAAGAUAAAGAAUUCUUAAUAAAAUCAGACAUGCAUAAUGAUAUAAUAUAAUAUAAGCACUCGGCCACGACUGUUAAUAUAAUAUAAUAUAUUAUACUCAUAAGCGUAUAUUAUAAACAUGACUUUAUGAUGCAUUAUUAUUACAUAUUACGUAUAAUAUAACAUGAUAUAUACAGGGUGUCCGGGUUUUAACCGACAAACUGCG